AUGAUCGAGGACAAGUACAUCGGCCUCGCACUGGCAUUCUCCAGUUCAGGCCUCAUCGGCUCGAGCUUUAUCAUUACAAAGAAGGGCUUGAACGAUGCCGCGACCCGCCCGGCCGACUACCCACACAGCCACCAGCGCCAGACCGGUCCGCGCAAUGCCUCUACGGACUUUGCGUACCUUCAGAACCCCAUCUGGUGGGCCGGCAUGAUCACUAUGGUGAUAGGUGAAGUGGCCAACUUUGCCGCGUACACGUUCGCGCCCGCGAUCCUCGUCACUCCCCUCGGUGCCAUGAGUGUUAUCAUCGGCGCCAUCCUCGCAUCCUUCUUCUUGGACGAGAAGCUCGGCAGGCUAGGCGUGUGCGGCUGCGCAAGCUGUAUUAUCGGCUCGGUCAUUAUCGUUCUGCACGCGCCGUCUGACAAGGAGGUCGAGAGCGUCGACGAGAUUCUCGACCUUGCUGCCAAGAUGCCCUUCCUCAUCUACAUUUCCUUCGUUACCGUCUUCUGCGCCUUUAUGAUCUUCCGCAUAGUGCCCCGGUACGGCACCACCAACCCCAUGGUCUACCUCUCGAUCUGCUCUCUCGUGGGCUCCAUCUCGGUCAUGGCCAUCAAGGGCUUUGGUAUUGCCAUCAAGCUCACGUUUGCUGGCAAGAACCAGCUCACGUAUUUCAGCACCUACUUCUUUGGUGUUGUUGUCAUUGGGUGCAUCUUGAUCCAGAUGAACUAUUUCAACAAGGCCCUCGACACUUUCUCCACCAACGUUGUCAACCCCAUCUACUAUGUUUUCUUCACGACGGCCACCAUUACCGCGUCUGCCAUUCUUUUCCAGGGUUUCAACACGACCGACGCCGUCAACACCAUCUCGCUCCUCAUGGGCUUCCUUGUCAUCUUCAUGGGCGUCUACCUCCUCAACAUUUCGCGCCAGCCCGAGCAGGUGCACCACACCUCGAGCCUCGAGACGGGUCUCAUGAACCCCCGCAUGUCCAUGUCUGGCCGCCUGUCUGUCGAGUCGCAAGGCCCCUCCAUGUGGGGCUACGGCGGCGCGAACGGCGUCGACGGCCCUCAGGCCUCGCAUGGCCGUCGCUCCAGGAUCUUCCGCGAGCAAAACUCGACCCUCUUCAACGCGUUUGAAGAGGAGGGCAUGGCCCUCACCCAGCUCCCAGAAGAGGAGGAGAGCGAUACCGACGACAACAACCCUUCGAGGUCGCUUGUGGGGCGUCGUGAUCGCGAAGCCGAGGGAGGCAAGCACCCUGCAUACCAGGAGGUGUAG